UUCUGUUUUUCCCACGGUCUACUUCCGCUUUACGCUCCCGAUUAUUUCCAAAAAUUAUGGAGAUUAGACAGAAAACUGAUACAAAAAGAGGCCCAUAUCGAAGUUGCUAUGACCAGGCUGAUUUAAAAUUGGCUUAUGAUGCAGUGAUGAUAAAUCACAUUUCUGUGCAGAGAGCUGCCACUACUUAUGGGGUACCAGUUACUACACUAAAAGAUAGGGUCCAUGGUAACAUCCCAAUAGAUAAUGUGCAGUCAGGCCGCACCCAGUUGUUCUCAAAAGACCAAGAAACCAUGUUGGCCCAGCAUUUGAAUUCCAUGGCAGAGGUUGGGUAUGGAUAUUCACGAACAGAAGCUAUUAACCUGGCAUCUGACUAUGCGGUCCACCUUGGUAUCAGAGAUAAAGAUCACCCUCUAACUCUUAGAUGGCUAUACAAAUUCCUGAAGAGAUUUCCUGAAUUGUCCGUCAAAAAGCCUCGCAGUCUUGAGUCUGCCCGUGCCAGCAGAGGUGCAAUUUCCAAUUACUUCACGGAGCUUAAUAAGAUCCUGAGUGAAAAUGAUUUGCUGAGUCGGCCUGAAGCAAUUUUCAAUGUUGACGAGAAAGGCCUAUCAGUCGACCACAAACCCCCAAAAAUUAUCACUGGUGCUGUAUACAAGGCCAAGGCAAUAACAUCUGGAAGGUCUCAAACUGUAACCUUGAUUGGAGGAGCCAAUGCCAUGGGGAAUCAGGUACCACCAUUUUUUGUCUUUCCCGGCAAGCGAAUGUUACCUGAAUUACUGCAAGGUGCUUCCACUGGAGCUACAGGUGUUGUUUCCGAAACGGGUUGGUCAAACACUGAUAUCUUCAGCCAGUACAUGAAGGAGCAUUUAGUGAAGUAUUUGCCACCCCACAAUGCCAAAUCCCCAGUGCUUGUCCUCUAUGAUGGUCAUAAAAGCCACAUAUCACUGCCACUGAUUCAAUGGGCCAAAGAAAACCAUAUAAUUCUGUUUGUCUUGCCUCCACAUUGCAGCCACUUGCUCCAGCCAUUAGACAUUAGUUGUUUUGGCCCAUUUGAAGUUUCCUGGAACUCAACAUGCCAUGGCUACAUGCGAGAAUCUGGUGGACGAGUAAUAAACCGGUAUGAUGUGUGCAGAUUGGCAUGCAAGGUAUAUUCUUACACUCUGACACCAUCCAAUGUUCAAGCAGCCUUCAAGAAAAGUGGAGUAUAUCCUCUGAACCCGGAUGUUGUGUCAGACCUUGACAUUGCCCCAUCAUUGAGCUUUCCAGCUGCAAAGGAAAGUGACAACAGCAAAAACAAACAGCCUGAAACCAAAGUUGAAAACACUAAUACUGAUGAAGCAAACACAUUCCUGAAAAACAGAGGUGGAAACAUUUUGGAAAAUGUUAAGGUUGCUAAAGCUAGAAACACCCUCAGCAAAGUUGUAGGAGGCAAGGCGAUCACUAAUGAGGAUGUGAUAACAAAAAUACAAAAUCACAUUCACUCACAGUCCACAUCUAUGAAGAGAAAAUUUAUUCCUCCAUUUAAAGACCACCAAACACACCAGAAAGAAACCUCUACAAUUAAGAAGACAAAAGGGAAACAGCCACAAGCUCAACACGAAAAAGUGAAGACAAUCACUCAUGACAAAACCAUGGAUUCAGAUGAUGACAUUGAAUCUGAAGACGAAAAGUGUUGUGUAUGUGGGAAAUUCUACCCUGACAAAUCAGAUUAUGACCACAUAAAGAUAGUUCAGUGGGGACAAUGUGACACUUGCAACAAAUGGGUCCAUUUGAAAUUCUGCACAAGAGUGAAAGUACUCAGACGUGGUGAUAGUUUUCUCUGUCCCACAUGUUGCAAAGCAGAAGAGUAAUCAAUAACUAUCAAACACCUACCUGUAAAUAAGUUCAAUUUAGUUAAAGUUAUCAACUGUUGACUCUUACUGUUCAUGUUAUUGAAAAUGACUAUAUAGCCCACCAUAUAUUGACCUCUAUGAUGAAGAGAAU